AUGACAGAUAAUACAGGGAGAUACUCGGUACUAAUAGAUCUUACAGCUGGUACUGUUGGCGGCAUUGCAGGCGUUGUUGUGGGACAACCAUUCGACACCGUCAAAGUGCGACUGCAGACGUAUAGUAAGUUCUAUAUUGGUGCUCUCGACUGCGCCAGACAGACCCUGAAGCAUGAAGGGGUUUCGGGCUUUUUUAAAGGUAUGACGUCACCCGUGGUCGGCAGUGCGGCGACAAAUGCCGUUAUGUUUGCAGUGUAUGAACGCAUGCUGAAGAUGAUCGAUGACAAUCCGGAAAAUGCGACGCUUAAAUCCGUUUUUUAUGCCGGAGCUGUCGGAGGAUUCUGGCAGACAGUUCCACUGGCACCUGCAGAGCUCAUCAAGUGCAGGCUUCAGGUGCAAGAUGGACGCAGAAGCAAUCAGUACCGAGGACCAAUGGACUGUAUUCGUCACAUUUAUAAGGCCAGGGGUACGCCUGGUCUAUUCCUCGGCUUCACGUGCACGUUGUGGCGCGAGGUUCCGUCAUUCGCCGUGUACUUCUGGAUUUACGAAUACACUAAGCGCAUGAUGUUUAAUGAAGGCAUUAACUCGACGACGUCGAUGCUGACAGCGGGUGGCGUUGCUGGUGUGGCUUCGUGGGUGGUUUCCUAUCCUUUUGAUGUGAUCAAAUCUGCGAUCCAGACGCUACCAGUCCACCAUAAAUCGGGCGAGCACAAAAUUGCGUAUCAGGCUCGUCAAUUGUAUCGCCUUGGUGGAUGGCGAAUAUUUUUUAGUGGCCUGGGUACUGCUUGUGUACGAGCAUUUCCCUGCAAUGCCGUGACUUUUUACGGCUAUGAGAAAUCCUCUGAGCUCUUGAAGAAUGUGAUACGAGACUAA